UCCGCACAGUGUAUUUUUGACUGCGAAGCGCGUACGACGUGUGUCUGUGUUGCGUUGCGUUCGAAUAAAAAAGAGAAGAAAAGCGAAAAAGCGUUGCCGUCGGUGAAGUUUAUUAUUAUUAUGAUUAUUAUUAUUGCCCGUUAACCACGCGUUUUGCCAUCAAUCAACAAAUAAACAACACAAGAAACACAUUGGAAAUCGCGCGCGUUUUUCCAUCGCGCGAACAAAACAAUCACGUUUUUUAGUGUGUUUUUCAAUCACAAUCGAAAAGUUCUCCUUUUCACAAUUGAAGGCCAAAAUAAAUACUGUUAUUUGAGGGCCGCGGAGGGAAUUUCUUUCAACGAGGGGAUCCCGCCGAUCCCCCCGCAAAAACAAAGAAACACGCAAAUUGCCGUCGCAAAAACACAACAGAAUAUAUUGCAUUAUAUAUUAACAAUAUAAUUUGUUCAUCUCUAGUAACGUAGUAUGUAGAAGCAGCUGUGAUAAAUAGUGCGCAUAUUAUACGAAAAAAGCAAAAAGAGUAUACGACAAACAAAUAAAAAUAAAAAGCAACCACAACUACUACUAUAAAAAUAACCAAGGAAAAGGCAAGGAAACUCGCAAAACGAGAGAGAGAGGAAAAGGGAAAACGCCAUGGAUUUAUGACAACAACAAAUGCAACCCAGUAACAAAUGAUGUUGCAGCAACUACUACAAAACACGAGUAUACCAAGAACAACAACAACAACUGCAACGGCAACCAACAACAAAUUGUAUACGAUUUUUAUAAACCAAACAAAUGCUAUGUAAAUAAUUAUUAUAACAAACACACAAGUAAAAAACAUUCAAAAACAGAUCUCCCGCUCUAGAAAACAAACAACAAACGCGCGCGUAACAAAAACAACAACAUCAACAAUACAACAAGUAUACAAACGUAAUAAUAAUACAUAAAAUCUAAACAAAUGUGCCUGUGUUAAAUAAAAAAGAAAGCAAAAUCAAGAAGCAAAGCGUUCAAAAAGCAAAGGCUUCCCAAUACAUGAAAAAAGUGCAAAACAUAUAUAAAAAUCCAAGAAAAUAAAAUCCAAAACUCAAGAACUGGAAAAGCCAAGAGCAAAUCUACGGACUCCACACGGGCAGCUACAGUAGAGCUUCCCUAAAACCGAAGCAGUUGCAGCGGCGGAGCGGGACGUCGGUCAGUGUGUUGCGCCCCCAUUUGUUGUUCCUACUGUAAAAAGUGGCACAAAUCGGGUUAGACGUCGCUCCCAGAGCAUUAAUGGCUCAGCCCAGGUAUGACGAUGGCCUACACGGCUACGGCAUGGACUCCGGAGCCGCAGCAGCGGCCAUGUACGAUCCACACGCCGGUCACCGGCCGCCCGGACUGCAGGGCCUCCCCUCGCACCACUCUCCGCACAUGACGCACGCAGCGGCGGCGGCGGCCACAGUGGGUAUGCACGGCUACCAUUCGGGGGCCGGGGGUCAUGGAACACCUAGUCAUGUAUCGCCGGUCGGUAAUCACCUAAUGGGCGCAAUACCCGAAGUACACAAACGUGAUAAGGAUGCGAUUUAUGAACAUCCGCUAUUCCCGCUUUUGGCGCUGAUCUUUGAGAAGUGCGAAUUGGCCACAUGUACGCCGAGGGAGCCCGGUGUGCAAGGUGGCGAUGUCUGUUCGUCGGAAUCGUUCAACGAGGAUAUUGCAAUGUUCAGUAAACAGAUAAGAUCACAGAAACCCUAUUAUACCGCAGAUCCCGAAGUCGACUCACUGAUGGUGCAAGCAAUACAAGUACUUCGGUUUCACCUUUUAGAAUUAGAAAAAGUACACGAGUUAUGCGAUAACUUCUGUCAUCGGUAUAUAUCGUGUUUAAAGGGUAAAAUGCCAAUAGAUUUAGUGAUCGACGAACGGGACACCACCAAACCACCGGAGUUGGGAUCGGCGAACGGAGAAGGGCGCAGCAACGCCGACUCCACAUCGCACACCGAUGGAGCUAGUACACCAGACGUUCCCAGCACCCAAGACUUUUCACCGCUGGAGGAGACCUAUGCCAGCUAUCGCAUCAAACACGAGGCGGACUUUUAGUCCCGCCCGACUUUUCCCCUUCGACCCCUCAGCAGUUCUCUAUGAAUAUACUGAAAAUCGAUCUAAUAUAGAGAUAACGCUUAGCCAUGUAGUUUGUAACUAAAGUCAAGUCUAGGCUGCGCUUAAAAGAAUUCACUCGCAAGUAAAAGAGAGAGGAGCAAACGCUAAAAGUAUAGUUAAUUCCUAGAAACUUCUAAACAUAUUUUCUAUGCUUAGUUUUCAAUUUUUUUUCUAUAUGUUUUCGGGAAUUUUUCACUUUAGCAAACGUGUAUACGAUUUUUCAAAAACAAAACGUCCUUUUUCCCUCCUCGUGUUUUACAACACUGGAGCGAACUUGCCAAAUAAUAAAUAAUCGCAAAAAAAAACGCUAAAUGAGAAUAUUAACUAUUUUCGUUGAUCUUUUUUGUUUAACUCUGAACAUGCAACGCAUAUACGUAAAAAGAGAUACCAGAAAAGAAACCCCAACCUGAGUUCAAAUGCAAAGUAUACGAAUAAAACUUUAUUGUUUAUUAAAUAAUGAAAAAUGAAAUCGAAACAAAAACUUAAAGUUAAUUUAAUUAAUUGAGGAUUGCAAUGCGCCUAUACGAACGACAUUUUAAAUGAGCCGAUACCCUUCAAGAACAAUGAUAUACGUAAAUCAACAGCAACAACUAAAAACUAAACAAACUUUAAGCAUUUACUAAAGCAAAUCGAAAACUACGCGAUACUACUAUUAUAAAAUAAACAUAAAAGGAGAAAGCUAAUGUAAUUUAAUUGAAUUAGGGAGCCGUGGAGAAACUUAGAGAUCCCACGCUCUCCUCCCCCAAUUGUAUACUAUAGCGUACGUUAUAUAGUUCUUAGUCAGGCCCCAGAAUCCCCAAUUUCCCCCCCACUUAGGAGUUGUAUGCUAGGCGAACCCCUAAGCUUGCAAGCGAAACUCAAAGAUACGAAAAUCGUUAGCAGCAAACCCCUCUUCUAGCUACCAAAACCAACCAACAAAACACUUUCUACUGCUAAUUUCUACUACUAUUUUGAGUUGUAGACCUACUAAACCAACAAAACUACAAAAAAUGUACUUAAAUCGAGCUGCGAACAGUCGAUCGCAGUUCUUCAGCUAUAUGGGCAGUCAUUUGUAUACUUAGACUAUAGUCGAACCGAUUCCCAGCGGUUUAUUAUAGCCAACUAACUAAAAAACAACAACAACGUGAAAAGCUUUUGUACUAUUUUUUCAAAACUACAAAACGAAAACUUCUUGCAAAACUAUAAAAAAAUUUGCAACAAAAAAAUUAAAAUAGUUGUUGUACUUUGUCUCAAACCCAGAAAAAACAAAAACUUGUGUGUAAGAAACUAAAAUUAAACAUGAAAAAUUGCUGUAAUUAUGUAAUAAUUUUUCUGUUAGCAUAAUUCGCCGCUUUUUAGUUAAAAACAAAUCAAAACACUGUUGCAAAAAAGGAGAGAAAAUACGAAGAUGAACACUUUGUUUCCUAUGAGUUUAGUGUGAGCUUUUUGCAUUUCGUUAAAUAUUAUUUUUAAUGAUUUUUGUAUUAAAUGUUUUGCUACCAAAAAAAUACAAAAAUGAAAAAAAGAAGCAAAAUUUUUAUUGUUGCAUUGUAAAAAUAAACUAAAAAUACAAACACAAAUACUGAAACUGAAAUACGUAAUUGCUUUAGGUGAUAUUUUAUAAAAAUAUAACACAAGUAAAAAUAAUAAUAAAGAACUAAGAU